AUGGAGACCCAGACUGUGCAGCAGGAGCUGGAAUCCCUUCCAACCACCAAGAUGGCUCAAACUAACCCCAUGCCGGGGUCUGUGGGGCCAUGGAAGAUAACCAUCUAUGACCAGGAGAACUUCCAGGGCAAGAGAAUGGAGUUCACCAGCUCCUGCCCAAAUGUCUCUGAGCGCAGUUUUGACAAUGUCCGGUCUCUCAAGGUGGAAUGUGGCGCCUGGGUUGGUUAUGAGCAUACCAGCUUCUGCGGGCAACAGUUUGUCCUGGAGAGAGGAGAGUACCCUCGCUGGGAUGCCUGGAGCGGGAGUAAUGCCUACCACAUUGAGCGCCUCAUGUCCUUCCGCCCCAUCUGUUCAGCUAAUCAUAAGGAGUCUAAGAUGACCAUCUUUGAGAAAGAAAACUUUAUUGGACGACAAUGGGAAAUCUGUGAUGACUACCCCUCCUUGCAAGCCAUGGGUUGGUUCAACAAUGAAGUUGGUUCCAUGAAGAUACAAUGUGGAGCCUGGGUUUGCUACCAGUAUCCUGGAUACCGUGGCUAUCAGUAUAUCUUGGAAUGUGACCAUCAUGGAGGAGACUAUAAACACUGGAGAGAGUGGGGUUCUCAUGCCCAGACUUCCCAGAUUCAAUCAAUUCGCCGUAUCCAACAGUAG